GCAGGAGAAAGGUAGACUGUUUGCUAUGCAUGCGUAAUUGACCUCGUUUCUAUGUGCUACAACGCAGGGCUCGUCAACGCGACCACUGGACACGUCGAAGACAUAAUCUGGCUGCCUGGCUCCGAACGAUCCUCUCUACCCGUCGCUGUUCUCGUCUCGUGUCCGACCUACACCGGUUCUUCGCUAUGGAAGACUGAAGCUCGUCCUGGAUUCCCCAAUGGCGUUCCUGUAUUGCCUAUCGCACCCGUCACGUCAACAUUCGAUCUACAAGGUCACCCAGUAUCACGCAAACAGAUUCCCCUGCGCCUUGCUUGGGCAGUCACGAUCCACAAGUCUCAAGGUCUUUGUCGCCCUCUCUCGCAUCAAGUCCCUCGACGGGCUUCUUCUGACCGGCAAACUCGACUAUUCUCGUGUCAAGAACCUCGGCGGAGCGCAGAUCAAGCAACGACAAGAGGAUUGGAAGCGCCGUUAUGGCACGGGUGGGUCUUCAUUGUCGAGCGAAUUUAUAUAGAGCUCGACUUUUCACAGAUAUUGCGCCGGUGGGAGGUAAUGAACGAGAGGAGACAGAGUAGUUUUGAGUUCAGCCGCUAAUGCAAUUCAAUGAGCCCAACGCGUGUGUUUACCUGAGUUGUGGUCAGUGUUGCUCGCUUGGUCACAGCGAGCACCUCGUGGCUUGCCACCCUCCUAUGUUUAUUCUACCCGGCUUUGACUUUGCCCUGAGAUACGGCCUCUCUUGCG